AAAUCAUUCCGUACAGUGGCGAGGCAGUCGAGCAACAGGAAGCGGUCGCUCUUUCCCCAAACCCCACUGCCUUGUGGGAUCUCGACAAGUCAUCCACCCACCUCCGAGCCUAGACAAGUUUUCUGGAUCCGUCCAUCCCCGCCUCCCUCCUAGUGUACGGAAGCUGAGAGGGCCCGCGGGCAGGCAUGGCGGCGCACCUUAAGAAGCGGGUUUAUGAGGAAUUCACGAAAGUGGUUCAGCCACAGGAGGAAAUUGCUACUAAGAAACUCCGACUAACAAAACCAAGUAAAUCUGCAGCACUCCACAUAGAUCUGUGUAAAGCUACCUCCCCAGCAGAUGCCUUGCAAUACCUGCUCCAGUUUGCCAGGAAGCCUGUCGAGGCAGAAAGCGUAGAGGGAGUAGUCAGGAUUCUCUUGGAACAUUAUUACAAGGAGAAUGAUCCAUCUGUGAGACUGAAAAUUGCAUCAUUGUUGGGUUUAUUAUCAAAGACAGCAGGAUUUUCACCAGACUGCAUUAUGGAUGAUGCCAUUAACAUCCUGCAGAAUGAAAAGUCUCAUCAAGUCCUAGCUCAACUGCUGGAUACUUUGCUUGCAAUUGGCACUAAGCUACCAGAGAAUCAAGCUAUCCAGAUGCGAUUAGUUGAUGUGGCCUGCAAGCAUCUGACAGAUACGUCUCAUGGUGUAAGAAAUAAGUGCCUGCAGUUACUUGGCAAUCUUGGCUCUUUGGAGAAAAGUGUCACAAAAGAUGCAGAAAGCCUAGCUGCCAGAGAUGUCCAGAAGAUCAUAGGGGAUUACUUCAGUGACCAAGACCCACGUGUCAGAACAGCAGCUAUAAAAGCCAUGUUGCAGCUCCAUGAAAGAGGACUGAAAUUACACCAAACAGUUUAUAAUCAGGCCUGUAAAUUACUCUCUGAUGACUAUGAACAAGUGCGCAGUGCUGCAGUCCAGCUUAUCUGGGUUGUCAGUCAGCUCUAUCCUGAAAGCAUUGUCCCAAUUCCUUCUUCUAAUGAAGAAAUACGCUUAGUUGAUGAUGCGUUUGGAAAAAUUUGUCACAUGGUCAGUGAUGGCUCUUGGGUGGUUCGUGUUCAGGCAGCAAAACUGUUGGGCUCUAUGGAGCAAGUCAGUUCUCAUUUCUUGGAGCAGACCCUUGACAAGAAGCUGAUGUCAGAUCUGAGGAGGAAACGUACUGCACAUGAGCGUGCCAAGGAACUUUACAGUUCAGGGGAGUUUUCCAGUGGCAGAAAGUGGGGAGAUGAUGCUCCCAAGGAAGAAGUAGAUACCGGAGCUGUGAACUUGAUUGAGUCAGGAGCUUGUGGAGCUUUUGUUCAUGGGUUGGAAGAUGAGAUGUAUGAGGUUCGUAUUGCUGCUGUGGAGGCCCUUUGCAUGUUGGCCCAGUCUUCACCCUCUUUUGCUGAGAAGUGCCUUGAUUUCCUAGUUGACAUGUUCAACGAUGAAAUUGAGGAAGUACGUCUGCAGUCCAUACAUACCAUGAGAAAAAUCUCUAACAACAUCACCCUCCGAGAAGAUCAGCUUGACACUGUCCUAGCUGUGCUAGAGGAUUCAUCCAGAGAUAUUCGAGAGGCUCUUCAUGAACUCUUAUGCUGUACUAAUGUUUCAACCAAAGAAGGGAUUCAUCUUGCAUUGGUGGAGCUGCUGAAAAAUUUAACCAAGUACCCUACUGAUAGGGACUCCAUAUGGAAGUGCUUGAAGUUUCUGGGAAGUCGGCAUCCAACCCUGGUGCUUCCUUUGGUGCCAGAGCUUCUGAGCACCCACCCAUUUUUUGACACAGCUGAACCAGACAUGGAUGAUCCAGCUUAUAUUGCAGUUUUGGUACUUAUUUUCAAUGCUGCUAAAACCUGUCCGACAAUGCCAGCAUUGUUCUCAGAUCACACCUUCAGGCACUAUGCCUACCUCCGAGACAGUCUUUCUCAUCUUGUUCCUGCCUUGAGGUUACCAGGUAGAAAACUAGUGUCAUCAGCUGUUUCUCCCAGCAUAAUACCUCAAGAGGAUCCUUCUCAGCAGUUCCUGCAGCAGAGCCUUGAAAGAGUGUAUAGUCUUCAGCACUUGGACCCUCAGGGAGCCCAGGAGCUGCUGGAAUUCACCAUCAGGGAUCUGCAAAGACUUGGAGAACUUCAAUCUGAAUUGGCAGGAGUAGCUGAUUUCUCUGCCACCUAUCUUCGCUGUCAACUACUUCUCAUCAAGGCUUUGCAGGAAAAGUUGUGGAAUAUAGCUGCCCCUUUGUAUUUGAAGCAGAGUGAUUUGGCCUCAGCAGCAGCGAAACAGAUUAUGGAAGAGACCUACAAAAUGGAAUUCAUGUACAGUGGUGUGGAGAAUAAGCAGGUGGUGAUUAUACAUCACAUGAGGCUGCAGGCCAAAGCUUUGCAACUUAUAGUAACAGCACGAACUACACGAGGACAAAGUCUCGCUCUGUCGCCGAGGCUGGAGUGCAGUGGUCCGAUUUCAGCUCACUGCAACCUCUGCCUCCCGGGUUCAAGCGAUUCUCCUGCCUCAGCCUCCAAAGUAACUGGGAUUACAGGCAUGCUACACCAUGCCCGGCUAAUUUUGUAUUUUCAGUAGAGACGGGUUUCACCAUGUUAGCCAGGCUGGUCUUGAACUCCUGAACUCAGGUGAUCCACCCAAUUUGGCCUCCCAAAGUGCUGGGAUUACAGGCGUGAGCCACCGAGCCCAGCCUAUAUUUUUCAUUUGUAUGCAUUCUGCUUUUUUUUUUUUUUUCUUUCUUUCUUAAGUUUUGCUAGAUUGUUUUCUUUUUUCCUCCAGGGGUUUGAAAGUUAUGCACCCUAAUUCUAAACUCUUCAAGUGAGAGGCAGUAGAACAUACUGGUUAAGAGGGCUGUGGUGCCACACUGCUUCGGUUCAGAUCUUGACUUUACCAUUUGCAAACUGAGUAACCCUUGGACAAGUUACUUAACACUUCUUGGCCUCAGUUUGUUCCCAUAAGUUAAACUGAGAUAAUAGUAGUACCUAUCUCUUCCUCACAGGGUUAUUGUAAGGGUUAUUGAAUUAUUAUAUGCAAAACCAUUUAUUUAUUUUAUUUAUUUAUGAGACAGAGUCUUGCUCUAUCACCCAGGCUGGAGUGCAGUGGCGCGAUCUCAACUCACUGCAACCUCUGGUUCCCGAGUCCAAGCAACUCUCAUGCCUCAGCCUCCUAAGUAGCUGGAACUACAGGUGCGCAUCACCACACUCAGCUAAUUUUUUAUUUUUAGGAGAGAUGGGGUUUCACCAUGUUGGCCAUGCUAGUGUCAAACUCCUGGCCUCCAGUGAUCUACCUGCCUUGGCCUCCCAAAGUGCUGGGAUUACAGGCGUGAGCUACCGUGCCUGGCUGGAUUAUUAUAUGCAAAGCCUUUAAAAUAGUGUCUGUCACAUCAAUUAUAAAUACUUGAUACAUGUUAACUAAUAUUAGUUUUAGUAAUACUGUUAUUACUUAUAUUUUUAAUGAACAUAUUGAACUUAUAUUUAUCAGCAUAAAAAGUUAAACAGAAUUUAUGGUCACCUCUGUAAGAUCAAGAUGAUCUAAGAGAUCAAGAUGAAGAUUUUAGUAUGCUUUUGUUUGUCUCUUACUGCUUAAGUAAUUUGGGCCAGUUGGCCGGGCGCAGUGGCUCACGCCUGUAAUCCCAUCACUUUGGGAGGCCAAGACAGGUGGAUCACGAGGUCAGGAGUUUAAGACCAGCCUGGCCAAGAUGGUGAAACCCCAUCUCUACUAAAAAUACAAAAAAUUAGCCAGGCGUGGUGGUGGGCGUCUGUAAUCCCAGCUACUUGGGAGGCUGAGGCGGAAAAUUGCUUGAACCCAGGAGGCGGAGGUUGCAGUGAGCCGAGAUCACACCACUGCACUCCAGCCUGGGUGACAGAGUGAGACUCCAUCUCAAAUAAUACUACUA